AAUAAAUACGACGUAGAUAAUUGGAGAUUCUCCAAAACACCUCUAGUAUACCAACUGUUUUGCAAGGGCAAUAUUGAGGUUGGCAUUCUGCUAGCCUGCUGACUGAAUAUAAAGCAUAGACGCUGGUUAUUAAGGCUGAGAGCGAUGUAUCUCAUGUCGAAACCAUUGAAUAUCCCAUGGGCUACGCAGACCCGCAUCGAGCUGCUUUAGAGGACAAUCCAGAACACGCCGAAAAGUUGACUCUGUCCGUCGCCCUAUCCGCUUUCUUUCUAGGCACAUCGCUCACUGGGCCAAUUGUGUUUGGCUUCCUCUUCGUCAGCACUAUUCUUGUGCAGCUCACGCAUAAGAUUGGUGGCGAAAACAACAGCUUCUGGAUUCCGUCAGGAUGGAGCGCUGCGGCAGGAGUCGUUUCCUGUAUUGCUGGUCGUCUUUCGGAUAUCUUUGGUCGACGUGAUAUCCUCCUUUUUGGCCAGUUUCUUACGAUCGCGGGGGGAAUUGUUGCUGCAACGGCAAACACAAUGAAUCAGCUUAUUGCUGGAGAGGUCAUGCUUGGCGCAUCUAUUGGCGCUGUAGCUGUAGCCUACGCUGGAAUCUCUGAAAUUCUUCCAAACAAAUACCGUGGCAUCGGCCUAGCUUGGACUGAACUCAACCUGGCUGUUUGGGCUGUUCCGGCUACCCUCCUAGCUAACUUGAUGGUGACCAACGCGAGUUGGCGGAUCAUGUAUUACAUCGCCAUAGGAUAUGGCACAUUUUCCCUAGUUGGCACCGCCUGUGUCUACUUCCCACCCAAAAAUCCUCGUGCUGAUGGUAAGACAAAGUGGCAGCAGUGUAAAGAGCUUGAUUUCAUGGCCAUCUUUCUUUUCGUGGCCGGCCUUGUGGUGUUCCUUUACGGUCUCAACUCUGGUGGCACCACCUACCCAUGGGUUAGUGUUGGCACUCUUGUUCCAUUGGUUCUCGGCUUGACUACCCUUCUUGCUGCAUUUGCGUACGACUUCACCGUUGCAGAUGAUCCAAUCUUCCCGUGGUAUCUUUUCAAGGCCUUUCGAAGAUAUUCAGCCCUCCUCGUUCUCAUCUUCAUUGCUAGCAUGGUGUUUUACGCUGCCGCAGCUCUUAAUGCGCAGACGAUUCUAUUCCUCCAUUCGGCGGACCCUGUCAAGAUCGGGAUAUACUCUCUACCAAGCGGUUUUGCUCAGCUCGUCGGCGGUGCUAUAUUACCUGCCUUUGUUCAUCGCAUUAAACACGUCCAUUAUCAGAUCGCCUUCGGCCUCUUUAUGCAGACCUUAUUUUUCGGACUUGCUGCCCUGAUAACGCCUACCAAUCUUAACUGGCUUAUGGCCGUUCAAUUCCUCGCUAUGUUUCCAUUCGGAUGGGUUACCCUCAAUUGCUACACGACGGCAUCCCUUAAUAUACCUCAACGAGAUCUCGGCGUCGCUAUCGGAUUAAUUGGCAGCUUUCGCUCCAUAGGAGGUUCUAUCGGCUCGGUUCUGUUCUCCUCAAUUUUCAACCAAGUCGCCGCCAAACAGGUUGCUAGUCGCAUCGCCGUGACAGCAGCAAAGGCUGGAAUUACCCCAAAUAUGAUCCCUGCUCUCAUCGGCGCGGUUGAGGGCACGAUAGUGGGCGUUCCUGGCCUAGACGCCAAGUUUCCUAACGUGCCCGCCUCAGUCUUCAGCGAUUGUGUCAGUGCAGCACGGCAUGGGUAUGCUUAUGGACUCCGUAUUACAUGGUUAUCUUCUAUACCUUUUGGCAUCGUUGCUGUCGUCUGCGGUUUGUGUGUCCUGGACCCGUCGAAAUAUUUCACGAAUCACGUUGAAAUCCACCUUGAGAAGGAAAUUGGAAGGGGGGAGUCAUCAGCGCGGGAUAAGGAAAUACACGAAGAAAAGGCUAUGGGUGUUACAGGUUCAGCAUGAUUAGGACUCAGGCUCAGUGCUAGUGGAAGUUUAAACAUAUG